ACAGAGAGAGAGAGAGAGAUUGCUGUGCUGCGGGGAGAGAAGGGAAGACGGGGAAAGGGAGGUCGGCCGCGAUCAUCCCAGGGAUGGUCAGAGAAUCAGCGGUCCCUGAGCAACAUUUGUGUUGGGCAAGUGUUAAAAUUCCGAAGUAGAAAGAGACCCCACAGGGUAUAAACUUGGGCUGAGGGUGGAGCGAAGGAUUUCUGAGAGAGAAAGGAAGAGGGUGGGGGGAGAUCCAAAGCUGAUCCUGCUAGCAGCCAACUUGAAGAAGUCUUCAGCUCGCACUCCUGAGUUUUCUGCAACGCUGAAACUUCGCGGAGAUCGGGGAGAAGGGAUUCAGAGUGUGCGAUCGAAAAGGGCGCGGGCGCACGGGUGGGACGGGAGGGGGUUGCCUGCAGAGCUCACAGCAUGGCAGUGCCGGGCGAGGCCGCCCAAGACCGGGCCAAGCAGAGCCUCGGAAGGGCGAGUCCCGCCCAGGCGUCCAGCUGGGACCCCCGCCGUCGCGGUGCUUCCCCUCCAUCUCCGUGGAGCUCGGGCUGCCGAGGUUGUUGGGGAGUCCAGGCGUUGCAACCACUCCGGCGCUCGCCGCAACUCUCCUCGGCGUUGUGCGCGGGCUCCCUGUCCGUGCUGCUGGCGCUGCUGGUGAGGCUGGUCGGCGGGGAGGUCGGAGGCAAGCUGGAGUCGAGUCAGGAGGCGGCGGCCGAGGAGGAGGAGGAGGAAGGAGCCCGAGGGGGCGUCUUCCCGGGCCCUCGGGGAGGUGCUCCCGGGGGCGGCGCGCAGCUCAGCCCUUGGCUGCAGCCGGCCGGGCUGCUCUUCAGUCUCCUGUGCGCCUUCUUCUGGAUGGGCUUGUGCCUGCUGCGCGCCGGGGUGCGCCUGCCUCUGGCCGUCGCGCUGUUGGCCGCCUGCUGUGCCGGGGAAGCGCUGGUGCAGCUCUCGCUGGGCGUGGGGGACGGUCGCCUGCUGUCACUGCCCGCCGCGGGGGUCCUGCUCAGCUGCCUGGGUGGCGCGACAUGGCUGGUGCUGAGGCUGAGGCUGGGCGUCCUCAUGGUCGCCUUGACUAGCGCCCUCCGGACGGUGGCCCUGGUUUCCCUGGAGAGGUUCAAGGUCUCCUGGAGACCUUACCUAGCUUACUUGGCGGCCGUGUUGGGGUUGCUGCUGGCCAGGUACGCCGAGCAGAUCCUGCCGCAGUGCUCCGGGCCGGCUCCGCCCAGGGAGCGGUUUAGGUCCCAGCUGAGCGCGAGGACCAAGGAAGAGAUUCCGGGGUGGAAGAGGAGGAGGCGGUCCAGCUCCGUGGUGGCCGGCGAGAUGUCUGGCUGCAGCGGCAAAUCGCACCGGAGGACCUCCCUGCCCUGCAUACCCAGGGAGCAGCUUAUGGGUCAUUCAGAAUGGGACCACAAAAGAGGGCCACGAGGAUCCCAGUCAGGAACCAGCAUCACCGUGGAUAUUGCCGUGAUGGGCGAGGCCCAUGGCCUCAUUACCGACCUCCUUGCAGACCCUUCCCUGCCUCCGAAUGUGUGCACAUCUCUGAGGGCCGUAAGCAACCUGCUCAGCACCCAGCUCACCUUCCAAGCCAUCCACAAGCCCAGGCUGAACCCCACUGUAACCUUCAACGAGAAUACCUGCUCUGAUUCUGAGGAGGGCUUGGAGAAAGACAAACUGGCCAUUCCCAAGCGCCUGAGAAGAAGUUUGCCCCCAGGCUUGCUGAGAAGAGUCUCAUCGACUUGGACAACCACCACCUCUGCCACAGGUCUGCCCACCUUGGAGCCUGCACCAGUGCGGAGAGACCGCAGUGCCAGCAUAAAGCCGCAUGAAGCACCUGUGCCCAGUGCUCUGAAUCCCGACUCUUGGAAUGCCCCAGUGUCGAUGACUCUCACCAAGAGCAGAUCCUUCACUUCAUCCUAUGCCAUCUCUGCAGCUAACCAUGUAAAAGCGAAAAAACAAAACAGGCCAGGUAGCCUUGUUGAAAUUUCACCUGUACCCUCACCCUCAUCCUCGCCUCCUCAAGGGUCACCUGCCAGUAGUCCCAUUGGCAACAUCACUUCAGCACAGUUUCCAGAAUCCCAUGAAAUAACUGCCAAGCGAGGCCCUGGAUCUCACAGGGCCUUAACUUACACCCAAAGUGCCCCUGACCUGUCCCCUCAGAUCCUGCCUCCACCUGUCAUAUGUAGCAGUUGUGGCAGACCUUAUUCACAAGGGAAUCCUCCUGAUGGACCCUCAGAGAGAAGUGGCCCAGCCAUUCAGAAACCAAACAGAGCAGAGGACACUUCCCAAGUUACCUCUGAUUAUGAGACCAACAACAACAGUGACGGCAGUGACAUUUUGCAAAAUGAAGAGGAGGUCGAAUGCCAGAGAGAGCCACCGAGGAAAGCAUCGGCGUGUGGCACCUAUGCUUCCCAGACCAUGAUCUUCCUGGACAAACCAAUUCUUGCUCCUGAACCUCUAGUCAUGGAUAACCUGGGCUCAAUUAUGGAUCAGUUAAACACCUGGAAUUUUCCAAUUUUUGAUUUAGUGGAAAAUAUAGGAAGAAAAUGUGGACGUAUUCUGAGCCAAGUAUCAUACAGACUGUUUGAAGACAUGGGCCUUUUUGAGGCCUUUAAAAUCCCAGUUAGGGAAUUUAUGAAUUACUUUCAUGCUUUGGAGAUCGGAUACAGGGACAUUCCUUAUCAUAACAGAAUCCAUGCCACUGAUGUUUUGCACGCUGUGUGGUAUCUCACAACGCAGCCGAUUCCUGGCCUCCCAAGCGUGAUUAGUGAUCACGGAUCAGCAAGCGACUCGGAUUCGGACAGUGGAUUUACACACGGACACAUGGGAUAUGUGUUUUCAAAAAUGUAUCAUGUGUCAGAUGACAAAUAUGGAUGUCUGUCUGGGAAUAUCCCAGCCCUAGAGUUGAUGGCCUUGUAUGUCGCCGCCGCCAUGCAUGACUAUGAUCACCCAGGGAGGACGAAUGCUUUCCUGGUUGCCACUAGUGCUCCUCAGGCGGUGCUGUACAAUGACCGUUCAGUUCUGGAGAACCAUCAUGCAGCUGCAGCGUGGAAUCUCUUCAUGUCCCGGCCAGAGUAUAAUUUCUUAGGUAACCUGGACCAUGUGGAAUUUAAGCAUUUCCGGUUCCUAGUCAUUGAAGCAAUUUUGGCUACUGACCUGAAGAAACACUUUGACUUUGUAGCCAAAUUUAAUGCCAAGGUGAAUGACGAUGUUGGGAUAGAUUGGACCAAUGAAAAUGAUCGUCUCCUGGUGUGUCAAAUGUGUAUAAAGUUGGCGGACAUUAAUGGGCCGGCUAAAUGUAAAGAGCUCCACCUGAAGUGGACAGAGGGCAUCGCCAGUGAGUUUUAUGAGCAGGGCGACGAAGAAGCCAGCCUUGGUUUGCCCAUAAGUCCCUUUAUGGACCGCUCUGCCCCGCAGCUGGCCAACCUUCAAGAAUCCUUUAUCUCACACAUUGUGGGUCCUCUCUGCCACUCGUAUGACUCUGCGGGUCUCAUGCCAGGAAAAUGGGUGGAUGACAGUGAUGAUUCAGGAGACACUGAUGACCCAGAAGAGGAGGAGGAAGAAGCUGAAACACCAAAUGAGGAAGACACCUGUGAAAAUAAUACAGCUUCCAGAAAGAAAACUUGCAAAAGGAGGAAAAUCUACUGCCAAAUAACUCAGCACCUCCUGCAGAACCACAUGAUGUGGAAGAAAGUGAUUGAAGAGGAACAGGGCUUAGCAGGCCUAGAGAACAAGUCCCUGGACUCAGCCCCUUUGCAACAUCCCUCAGAGCAGAUCCAGGCUAUCAAGGAGGAAGAGGAAGAGAAGGGGAAGCCAAGAAUUGAGGAGACCCCAGCUCAACAGCCAGAUCUGUGACCAUGGGUAGAGCGAGCCAUGUUUGCAUACAAAAUUACUUGUCCCGGACACUUUCCAAGCCAGCACAACACUUAGACACAACACUGUAGAAUACCAGAAGGCGGGCAAAUGGCUACAGCAUUUGGGGAAUCCUUCGCGUUUUGUGUGUUUCCUUUUACAGUAAGGGACGGCGCUGAAGGCUAGCUUUCACUCUGCGACACCAGCGACUAAGGAUCGUUUUAUAAAAGAGAAAUAUAUGUGUGUGUAUAGACUCCCACAUAGGCUCAUGUAAGACUUAUAGUCACGUGUAACACAUGCACACUGAUAACCAGGAUGCCUGAUUCCACAAGGUAGCAACAGUCAUAUUAAGAUAUAUAGAGGUCACUGUGACAUGGACAUCUUAAAGGAUGAAAACCCAAGAGGAAAUGUGCAGCUUAGCAAGGAAACAAACGUAGGCUCAAGACUGACCAGCUUUUCUUCUCCCUACUGAGGGAAUGGAUGUCUUGUUGGGAUUCUAAUGCAUCCUGCCAACUGUGUGUGUAAGUGUGUGUGUGUGUGUGUGUGUGUGUGUGUGCGCGCGCGCGUGUGUGAGAGAGAGAGAGAGAAAGAGAAAGAGAGAGAAAGAGAGAGAGAGAUGUGUUUAUGUGUGUGUGUGUGUGUGUGUGUGUAAAGGGAGAUGCUUGUGUUUUUAGUUGUUCAUAGACUAGCUGCAGCAGGUGUUGAAAUACAUGUGAAUAUACAGAAGGAAGUUCUUUCUGGAGUGUCUUUGAUUGGCAGCCUUCCUCCAUUUAGCUUUUCUGAAGGUUCUUUUGCAGAGGGAGGGCUGGCUUGUGUGGGCCACAUGAGAGGUACUACUACUACUUGCCACGUGGAGGUGCCCUAGCACCAGCCUCACACUCAAAAAACAGAGGCUUUCUGGUCUACUUGCCUAAUGAAUGUAUAAGGGUGUGUGUCACUCACCAAUGAUCAAAUCACCAUGGAAGGAAAUAGCGUUCUUUACUGGUGGACACCCAAGAGGAGCUGGAGUCAGUUUUAAAAGGGUACUGGGAAAGACCCCGGAUGCUACCAUUAGAAAUGAUAGCCUGUGUCUUCUCAAUUUGCUGCAAGACGUGUUAUAGUAAAAAAGGCAGUCAACAAACUCUUUUAUAACAAGAGAUGAAGGUGAAAUGCCAAUUAAGGGCUUGGCAAAGCUGACCCUUGGCAACUGUUGCAGGUUGUUUGCUCUGACAUCCCUUGUUGUGGUCUUCCAUACUCCAUGUGAUGGCAUGGCAUGGCUUUGCAGUCUGGUCCGUGGUCAUGCUCCUUUUGGAAAGGAAGAUUAUGGCGUGUUGAUUAUUGUUCAUGGCCAGACCAUUGAAAAUUGUUUGGGUUGUUUUGUUUUCUACACUUGUUUAUGCUGUGAGCCAAACCUCUAUUUAAAAAGUUGAUACUCACUUUCAAUAUUUUAUUGGAUAUUAUUACGUAUGUCAUGACUAGUUACCGUGAUGUAAAUAUAAAGUUUUUGUUUGUUUGUUUCUGUAGAUAGUAAACUUUUUUUUAAGAAAAAAGAGGGGGAAAAGGGAAACAUUUUGUAGUUAUAUUUUAAUCACCAUUUUAUACAUUGUAGCUGUCUCCAAACCUAGUAGUUAGGUGAUGGUUCACUGUGGCGUCUGAGGGCCACCUGCCAUCGCUACUCUAGUUUGAGUCAUGAUCUGAUACAGUUGUUUUGCUGUUAAAAUUGCGGCAUUGCAAAGACAACAGCUUUUGCUGACUGACUUAAUUUGAUGUCUUUCCCUCCCUGAUGAAAGCCUUUCUUAACCAACUUGUUAACAUUUCUCUCUGGACUCUAUUGUUUGUAGCUCCUGGUUCAGUUCUGUGUUCACAGAAUUCUAGUCAACCUACCCUCAAGGCUUGUGUAUUGAUUUCUGCCCUUUUACAUCCUUGAUUGUUUACAGUAAAAACCUCUUUGUCUCCCAUAUAUGGGUAGUGUACCCGUCCGUUCAAAAUUAUAAUUUUAUGGUAAUUCUUAGCAUUUUUUCAAGAGAGACAAAGAUGAAAUCAAAUAUAUCAAGGCAUAUUUUUAUUUAAUAUAUUAAUGCAAAGAGGGUUGAAAAGAUUAAGGCUUCAUCCACACAAUUAGAAUAUGUUUCGUUAUAUUUCUGAGUUAACAGCAGGUCUUCAGCAUUUAGCAAGUCCUGAAUCAUUUCUUCUUUCUUCAUGGUGUCUGUGCAUCUCUGUUUAUAAAUCUAUUGUGAAACAAGAACCCUUCUUUGGUAAAGGUACCCUUCUGCUGCAACAGAAAUGAUAGACAAAGCUCUUCGCUGCGUGCCCUUUACAUCUGCCUAUGCUCAUUCCCAUCUCCAAAUGGAUACAUGUCUGUAUCGCACACGUAAAUAGUCAAACAAGCUAUGUAUGGAGUAAGUGGAUCGGCAAAUUUGUUGGGAGUGUUUAUAAUGGCAGUUUGAAUAAAGCCACAGAAUCAGAGUAGGAGCCCGGCUGGUUACAUGGUGGGAGGGAGGUCUCAGAAAACUGCCUAAUUUGGCUUGUUUUAAGGUACAUGAAAUAACAGGAUAUUGACCAAAGCAAUUUCAAUCUAUUUGUUCCAGAAUUGUACUCAUUCCUCCAAACAGGUUUAAGUUUUUCCUUAGCAAACAAACAAGUGUCAUUCUUCUCAGACCAAAAGGCAACAAACUGAAAAGGGUGGAGCCCCACCAAGUGUGUGACCUAGAGAUCCACCCUGAUAAAUCUCAAAGGCUAUUAAACAACAUCAAAAGUGUUUCCCAUGAAUGAUGUUGUCCAGCUUCUUGUUGACAGCAAUAUUACUGUGUUCACCUCCAACUUCAGAGUUAACUUCCUGUGGUGCCAAUGUGUUUGAUGCAAUUUACUACAGUUUUCUAUGAGCCUAUAUAGGUGCCAAUGAUAAACUCAGGUCUCCCAGCGAGAGGGUUUCUACCCACUUAGGGAAAGGAUAGUUCCAUAGACAGCUAUAACGCACCGGUGGUGGGAGAAAUUGGAACUAGUUGCUCUCUGUGGAGGAAGCAUAAGCAUAUUCUGCAUGUUAUCCAUGUUAUUUUCAGCAUACUAAUUGAAUGUCUUUAUGGUGAUUGAUGCCAGCUAACCUUUUGAAUACUAUUUCCUUAGUAGAAAUAACUGAAGAAAAAAAAAUGUUCUCAUUUAUGUAAGACCUGGUUUUGUUCUCAGUAGGAGAUGAACUCAGUCCUGAAUGUUCUCUAGUUGUCAUUAUCUGGCAUUGAGGGAAUUGUCUCUUGUUGGAGAAAGCAUCAGCUUUCUACCAACAUCGUGCCCUGUUCUGUCCUGCUUGGGUUUGAGUCCAGAACAAACAUUAGCCAUUGCAGCCCCAGUAACCCAAGGAGAAGAACUGAAUACCUUGCCGACUGUUUAGUAGAUGUCUAUAUUUGCAGUUUCCCUGUGCCCUCUGCCUUUCUUUCCCAGAGAACUUUCUUGAAGGUAAAAGUUGUGCAAAAGGCACAAGACUCAGGCCUAUUAUUUGUUUAACUGAUGGAAAAGUAUAAAUUAUUUUCUAAAUAAUAAAAAUAUGAAAAUUAUCAUUGUAAAUAAAGUCUAAAACUUGAAAUGACUUCUUCAUAAAAGUGAAGUAUUUGUGUGGUGAACAACUCCUGAACAAUGGGAAAUGAAUAAUCCAGAAGUCCUGUCUAUUCUGCUUUGGGACCUGCUCUUGGUGCUUCCAUGAAGCAGGGGCCUCCACUAUCCUCUCUUAGGGUAGCCAUUAGAAGCACUGGGAAAACCAUAAGGAAGUGCUUGUUAGCCUUCCCUCCUUCCUAAUCCUGAUCCACAUUAGAUACUUCUCUUGAUUUUUGUGCCAUUAGCAAUUAAGCUGCCUUUUCAACUGGCUGACUACUACAGUCACAGAAAUCAGUGACUUUGCACAGACUAAGUCAAAAUUCUUUUUGACUUUGAGGUCCUAAUCUACAGAAUGGGGCAACAACAAAAAUUUGUAUGUCCAUAGUUUGGCCCCAGAUAACUAAAAGCCUCGAUAACCUUGUGCUUUGAAAUGGAAGUCAUUUUCUGCCAUCACCAUACCCCCGAGCAAUGAAAUACUGCAUGAUCUCACACGAGGGAGCCAUGAUUAGAGAGCACAUUAAUAAACACUAUACAGCAUGGAUAUCACUAAUUCAUGUUCUUACUUUAUACGCUGCAUGUCCUGAAAUGGUGUUACUUUUACAUUACAUAAUACUUUUUUCUUUACCUAAGAGUUAGUCUUGAUAGUUACUUUAGUAAAUUACCCUAACAGCUGGUUAGAUGCAAUGACUAAUAUAUUUGACUUUCUGUGUGUGAAUAUUUUAAACAUGUCUGCAGAUGCAGAAGUGAAGUAGGUGGGACUCAAACUGCUGCUUCAAAGGGUAACUUUGAUCCUUGAGUUUUUUAAUGUCAAAAAGUCUACCAGUAUAUAGACUGUGUACUUUUGGGUUGGACUAAAGGCUCCACAUUUCUUAGCAUCAUGUGUUGGCAUCUUAGGUGUAUACCCCGCAAAGUGGCAUGACACACAGGGGAAAGACAGCCUCCUCUUAUAGAUAAAUGUUCAGUAUGGCCAUGUUCACCCUAGACUCCUUGCUCUGUAUUAAGAAGUGACUCUUUCAACAUUAAAAGUAGCAAAAACUAGUGUUAAAUCUUUGUGUGUCAAUACUGACAGAGUACUUACAUUGGCUUAUUUUCUUGAACAUUCACAUUAUAAUUUUUUUAAUUGGAUUAAAAUUCAAGCCAUAAAUGACUGCCUCUUGGUACAAAAAUGCCCACAGUUUGAUAUAACCAAGACUAAUAUCAUGCAAGAGAAAUCUUACAGCAUUUAACAUUUUCCUAAUUCUCUCAAGGGAAAAACGCUUUGCAAAAGGAUUAAUAGGUACGUAAAUUCAAUAAAGUUCUUUAAGUGUCCCCAUGGCAGCUCAUACAGUCUGUAACUUCAGUUACAGGGGAUAUGACUCCCUCUUCUGGCGUCCUUGGGAAUUGCCUAUAAAUGGUGCACAGACAUACAUGUAAGUAAAACAUUCAUUUUCAUAAAUAAAUUUGUGGAAAAUUACCAAAGAAUUUAAGUGCCCAAGUUACAAUCAAAUUUCCUCUGCAUUAUUCCAAUGCACAAAAUAUAUGAACCAGUAGUUUAUCACUGUACAUUAAAAAUGAUAAAUGAUCUAUUACCACAGAUAAAUCUUAAUUGCUCAGUUUUAAUAUAGUUAAAACUCAAAUUCUUCAGCACUAAGAAAAUUAAACAUUAAUCUUGGCUUUCACAGAUGAAGGGCUGACCCUGUGUUACUGCCCCACUGAGUAGAAUAUGAAAUUGUUUUUUUAGAAAGGUAACAGAAGAGCAUCUGAAAUGCUUUGCUACUUUAAAUUUUCCAGUUUUAUCGGAUGUACUUCUGACAAGUGAAGCAAAUUAUUGCAGGAAAUUCACUUGUCUAAGCAACAGGAAAAAAAAACAGUCUGUUCAAAGGACACCACACAGAGAGUAGUUUCUCACCAAUGUUACUUCUCUGGACCAAUAUUAACAAAGAGUGUGUAAUCAGAAAUUCUCUUCUUUGGAACAAAGGAAGAAAUGUUUUUAAUAUUGUGGUCCUAGUCACCUCCACCCCAUUUCCAUAAUGAAACCUGAGGUACAAAGUAGUUAACAGAAAACUUGAGGACCACAUAAAACCUUCACUACAUAGCCAGACCCUUGUCUAACUUACUCCCAAGCCAAUUUGGUUACUCGCCCUGGAGAGAAAUGACCUUAUGCAUCCAUGAUUCCUUUCAGACUUCAUUACAGAUCACAAGCACUUCUACUCAUUGCCGAGUGGGAAACACUAGUGAUCAGAGCUUCUGCUGCAGAGAAGGAACUUUGCUCCUAAUAAUUACAUUCCCUUUACAUAACAAAAUAUUCAGAUGUUAACGUGAAAUUAAUAAUAACUGUUUAAAUUGUUCUCUUUGUGUGUGUGUGUGUGUGUGUGUGUGUGUGUGUGUGUGUAUGUAUGUAUGUGUGUAUUACUCGUGUAUAAGGGUUCUGUCACUUUCUUUUAAAUUUUCCAAUUGGUUAUUUUUCUAACUCAGAAAAUCUCCAUUAUAUCCGACAUUUCAUUUUAGCUAUUUAUAAACAUAUUCUAAAAUUAUACUGUUGCUGCCCUUAAAAAAUAGCCCUAACGUAUCUAUAUAUUACAUGUUAAUGGAGGGGUUCAAUAACUUUUGAUAUGUAUUUAUUCACCAGUCACUAAUUUUGAGUACUCUGUUAAAUAUUUGCAUGAGAUUUUUUUAAAAUCACAUUUGCUUGGGUUUUUGCAUUUACGAGUGUCAGUUGACUGCACAUAUUCUCACAGUAGGACAGAGAGCAUGUUUUUUUGUUUUUGUUUUGUUUUGCACCAGUAAGGCUGAUCUGUUAGCUAAAAAGUGCUGGAAAUAUCUUUGAAUACAAACAUCCCCUUGAACUCCUCCUGGAGGUUUUUAUCCUACUAAUCACAUCAUGAAAAUUGGUGCUUUUACACAGAUUACGAGCUCUCAAUUCAAAAUCAUGAGGAAAAAAAAGAUUCUCGUUACCCUUCUGUAUUGAUGGCAGAAACUUUAAUUUAGGUCCAGUGGGUUUGAUUUCGGUAGACAUGGUCAGUUUGCAGUUUUUGUCCUUGUGAAAAAUGUGUUCUGGUUCCUGAUUGAGUGAUUGAUUGGAUCCAUUAUUGCUUCUUUGUGAACAGAGAAAGAAAAAAGGCAUUGAGCGGUUUUCUAUAGCAGAUUCUAAAUAUUCGACCCUAUGUAAUAAUGUUUAUAGGAUAAAUUUAGUUUUGUCUUUCUGAAACACCCAUUAUUUUCAAAUAACUUAAGUGAUAGUGGUGGGACAUCAUUUGUAAAUGACGAUUUUUGACAAUGUUUUCCUUACCACACUCAGCCUGAAUAAGUUCAUUAAUUAGUAUCUUUGCCAAGUUUAUUCAUUUUUAGAAACACACAAAACUUGGAACUUAAAUGAUUGUUUGACAAUUGAAAUCAAUUUGAUCUUGCCUCCUGUAUUUUGCACUUAAUAUAUGUAGCAAUACUUAGUAUCAUUCCACCACAAGUAUUUGUUAAGUGACAUAGUUAAUGGCUGAUAAAAGUUUUGUAAAAAGUAGGAUCUGUACAGAAAGAAAAUUAGAUAAAUUAUAUUUAUUUUAUUUUUUUUUUAGCUUAGAGACUAUAUUGAUACUCCCUUUGCCAGAAUUACUGGAAGUGCCUCUUGGUUUUAUAUAUUUGCAUACAUAUUCAAAAUUAUUAAAAUUGUGUCAUAGAUAAUCAGUAUGUAUGCUCAAAUGUGAAGAUGAUGUAUAAUAUAAAAGUGAUUCUGUGGUAUCA